AUGGCCGACCGACGUUCUUCCACCCUGACCAAGCUGGGCUUGGGCGCCCUGGCCUUCAACUCGGCGUUCGCCAUCUACAACUCCUGGGGCGACGCCGGCUCCGUGGGAUUCGUGCUCGCCGCGGACGUCGCGCUUUGGCUGCUCUUCCUCUGUCUCCGUCAGUUCGAGCAGGGAGUCGGGCGCAGGAGGGAUACCAAGAUCAGGGCCGCGGUGUGGGCGCUCACGACGCUCCUGACGGUGAUGUUCGCCUCGAGGGUGGCGCCGCUCAUGCCGCCACCGGUGCGCGUGGCUGUCUGGGUCAUGGCCGUCGUCACGGCCGCAGGAGGGUUCUGGGCAUUUUUUCUCAAUUGA